AAUCAACUAUGGCCAGUGCCAAGAGACUUGCUCAAUUGGCGAAGAAGUUGCAGAGGGUGGAAGCACUUAGGAGGAAGAGGCUCACGGUGUCAGCCAAAGAAGAUCAAAAGUGCUACAGUUCUGUACCAGCCAAGGGCCACUGUGUCAUGUACACGGCUGAUGGGGGGCGUUUUGAGGUCCCGUUGGAGUACCUCAGCACGACGGUAUUCGGCGAGCUCCUGAGGAUGUCCCAGGAGGAGUUUGGCUUUGCGAGCAAUGGCGAGAUCACACUGCCCUGUGAUGCUGCAGUGAUGGAGUAUGCCAUGUGCUUGCUCAGGAGAAAGGCCUCCGCCGAGGUCCAGAGUGCAUUGCUGAGCUCUAUGGUGACGUCUUGCCACUACACUGGCUGUGUGAUGCCUACUGUUGGAGCCAGCAACCAGAUUUACUGUUUGUAGCUUCUGAAGAACAUGCAUUCAGGACCCUGAUGAUGUCUUCUGUUUUGUGUGCUUUGCCUCAUCAACAUCAGGGGAGGAAACCGGAGGGCCGUGCGGCACGUCGUGCUCGCCUGUGGCUGGCAAGGGCCACUUCGUCGUGUACACUACCGACGGUGCGAGGUUCGAGGUGCCGCUUGCGUUCCUCGGCACGACCGUCUUCGACGAGCUGUUGAGGAUGUCCCAAGAGGAGUUCGGCU